AAUGUUCUCAACUCACUAAAUGCUUUGUAAAACAAGGAGCUAACAUUCCUUUACGAAACGAAGCUGAAAAAUUCAAAAGCACUGCACAAUCGAGUAGCGGUGAAUUAAUCGAUACAAAUAAUACGAGCGAUGUGGAUGAAUCUACUAAUUUCGAAAAAAAUUCUGAAACAGAAAAAUAUAAUUCGUACAGUAUUGAAAAUAUAAUUAAUUAA